UGUUACCAUCGUCUCGAAUCGGCGACGAUUUAGCGCGUCUCGCGCACAACUUCACGUCGUACUUCGCGCGUCGUCACUAGUGAAGCAAUGGCGAACGACGACGAUUUGCGUGAAGAUAGAUGUCUGUGAUUAUUUGUUAUCAACGCGCGUCUAUCGUAGUCUAUGACUUUCAUCAUCAGUUUCAUUGAUCUUUUUGCUCCUCGCUAGAGACGCCGCGAGGCGAGAAAUAUUGCUCCUUGAAAAGACUGUGCGUUUGUUUGUAGAAGAGAAGGGUGAGGAAAAAAGAGUGAUAACCGAGGCGCGAGGAUAAUGCGCAACUUCGGCAGGACGAGAACAUAAAAGUGCGGAAAUAACGUGAGAAUAUUGGAUCUUAGUACUUAUUUCUUGUCAAUUGCAUUACACCGGUCACGCCGAUAUUCAAUGAACGAGGCUCGAUCCAUGAACGUUAAGGUCGCCCGUGAUACGUUAGUGAAUAAACACGGAGGAUAAGUGAAUGUCGCAGACGCCUCUUAGCAGUUUCAGCUGACUCCUUGAGAGGACCAACAUGUUCUACUCUUUACUCUAUUAGUUUGCAUUUAUAAAUUUCCUUGUCCGAGAGCUGUCUCAAACAGGCAGGAGAACAUUAUAAAGCAUCUUUAUGGUAGAACAAUGCACCUUUAAGGUAGAAGAUGAACUUUACCAGUGUCAUUGACGACAAUAAGUUUAUAACAGACAAUGAGUAAUAUACAUCAAAAACUGAUAGAACGCAUCUAUUCGAAAUAUAUGAUCAGUGGGAUCUGGGAUCGACCCCGACGAGCAGGAGAGUUGCAAGUUGAAGGAAAUUUUCAAGAAGAAUCGUGCAUAAUUCUUACGUCAACGAGAAAUCAUUGUAGAUUAACAAUGGAUCUCUGAAUCCGCUGCAGUGACUCCCUGAUGCACUUCUGGCUCAACAAACCGCCGGGCAGGUUCGGCGGCCGAUAUCCCGCCACACCUAUGCCCAAAUCACACAGCCAAUGUCGGCGCAGCGGCCAACAUAGGCAAAUGGUGAGUGCUGUGCAUCAAUUCCAGGGCCUCGCAGGUAACCUCGCAGCAGGAAACGCAUCUCCAGCCGGACCUAGUAAUGUCAAUAAUUCCUGCCGGAGCUUCGCUCGUUCGACGACGUCUGCGCGAAUCCAUAACAACGAGAACCAUCAUCACGGUUCGUCAUCGCUCAGCGCCGUCCAACUCGCUCAGCUGAACAACAUCCCCAACAAUGUCACCGACGCUAGCAACAAUCAACUAAUUCUGUCUAAUACGACCGGCGUGAAUGGUACAGAACGGAAUAGAAGCCUACUGACAGGAAGUGUCUUUGAAUUACGGCAGGCUGAGUUGGCCGGCUUCCGAUUGCGCUGUGGGAUUUGGUCUACCUUUGCUCUAGCAACAGUUUUUGUAGCGGCUGCUAAAUUCUACUUUGGUUAUCGGGGGCCUGGCCUGGAGAUACUCGUAUUUUGCGGGCUACUGAUAUUUCUGCUGUCCGCUUGUUUAUACUCGAUCUUCUGCAAGUACACUCAUGAAAGAAAUUACCAUCACAAUAGUCGGUCAGAACAUAAUGCUCGUAUGCAGGAGGAUCAUAUCGUUGCCCUGACAAACGCGUCCAGCAUCGGCGACAGCAUUGUCAGUAGAGCGACGGCGACAGUGCCGACGACGACGGUGAGGCAGCCGCCUCCACCGCCUUAUCACAUCGCUAUCCUGAUACCACCGCCAUCACAGCCGCCACUUGCACCUUCGGACGAGGCGCCGCCACCCUCUUAUGACAAGGUCAUGCGAUGAAAUCGUCGACGCGGCGUAAAAUCGAACUAGGACGCUUGUCUAAGAAUUCUUCCUUUGACAUGUUUAUGUCCGCUACGUAAGGCAGCACAAAUCAAUUUCUCUAGGUUUAAGCAACAUUGACGUCUGUGAUAAGAGCGCAAUGAUGAUGACACAUCGAUAACACAUCGGGGAUCUGAUUCGGGGAAAGAAAAGAUUCACGCGGCGAUAUUUUUUAGUGGGCAUUAUCAAGAGAGCCGCGCUCCGCCAAUGAAUUUCCGUUUGGUCGGGUAAAAUAUAUUAUAUUCUAAUCUUUUUAUACUUUACUAUAUGCAACUAUGUGAUAUAUUUAACUUAGGUUUAGCAGCGCGUUGCUGGACUUGGUCGAUCCAUUCAUUUAUUCUUCCAGUUAGGACUUCCGCGAGGCGAUCGCUCACAUUCGGACGCGAUUCUUCGAUAUAUAUAAUUCCAAGAAUUCACUCAAUUAUGUUCGAUUACUUAAUUGUCUUCAUGAUCUUAUAGAACGAUAUACAAAGGUAACUCUUGUUACACACACAUCUACUCAUACAUAUAUGUAUGUAUAUAUGGAUGUCUGUACAUAUAUAUAUAUAUAUACACGCAGAGGCAUAUAAAAAAAAUGAACUCAUGAAUUUGAAUCUGGGUGUCAAAUUUGCAAAACGUAUGCAUGAUCGUCACUUAAGAUAAGGUGGUAACCGCGUUUGGCGUACAGUUUCUGUUAUCAAAUAGAUGUAACGUUCUGUCCACCAAACACGCUCGUUACCGAAUAUCAUAUAUACGAUAUAUAUUGCGUGCUUCAUGCGACAUAGAAGCACGCGCAUACGGCGUUUUACGAUAGUUACAAGUAAUACGGAACUAUCAAACGACGAGUUUUCGUGCGAAAUAUAACACGAUUUUGUAUUUCUUUUUCCAUGAAUGCAAAGUGAGAGCGAGAGAAAGGGAGAGAAAGAAAGAGAGUACACACAAAUGUAAAUAAUCGUUUAUGUCAUAACUCUGUAUAUUUAAGAACAGCUACAUAUAUAAUACAUGGUGUGAGAUCCUGUUUGGAUGUUCUUCGUAACUAUAAGUCGCAAAUGUACUGUGAUGUACAAAACUCAUCGUCAUUUCUAACUGCA